GGUUUAAGGUGAUUGCAACGUGCUCUCCUCCGUCAGCCAUGGCCUCAGACGAACCAAAAGCUAAGAAACUCAAACUUUCAGAGAAGGAUGAGGAGAAGAAGGAGUCUCCGACCAAAAAGUCUCCGGCCAAAAAAUCUCCAGCCAAACUAAGCCCUAACACACUCUUUGGGAUGGGUAACCCCUUGCUGGACAUCUCUGCUGUGGUGGAUAAGGACUUCUUGGACAAAUACACUCUGAAGCCCAACGACCAGAUCCUGGCAGAGGACAAACACAAAGAACUAUUUGAGGAGCUGGUGAAGAAGUUCAAAGUUGAGUACCAUGCCGGAGGAGCCACACAGAACUCCAUAAAGAUUGCCCAGUGGAUGAUCCAAGAACCCCAUAAGGUGGGAACUUUCUUUGGCUGCAUUGGCAAAGACAAGUUUGGAGAGAUCCUGAAGCAGAAGUCCGAGGAAGCACACAUCGAAGCCCACUACUACGAGCAAGAUGAGGAGCCCACAGGGACAUGUGCUGCUUGUAUCACCGGAGAUAACAGGUCUCUGGUAGCUAACCUAGCUGCUGCUAACUGCUACAAGAAAGACAAACAUCUCGACCUGGAAGAAAACUGGAAGCUGGUGGAAAAAGCCAAAGUCUACUACAUUGCUGGUUUCUUCUUGACUGUCUCUCUGGAGUCCAUCCUGAAAGUGGCGAAGCACGCGUCCGAAAAUAACAAGCUGUUUUGCCUGAACCUCUCUGCACCCUUCAUCUGCCAGUUCUUCAAGGAAAACCUAAUGAAGGUCAUGCCCUACGUUGAUGUGCUGUUCGGCAAUGAGACGGAGGCAGCUGCCUUUGCUAAAGAGCAAGACUUUAAGACCAAGGACAUAAAGGAAAUUGCCAAGAAAGCCCAGGCUUUGCCAAAAGAGAACAAAAAGAGAGAGAGGAUUGUCGUGUUGACCCAGGGAAAGGAUGAAACGGUUAUCUUCAGUGACAAAGUUGAGACUUUCCCUGUACUGAAGAUUGAUUCCAAGGACAUUGUGGACACAACCGGUGCAGGUGAUGCCUUUGUAGGAGGUUUUCUGUCUGAGCUGGUCCAGGAGAAACCGCUGGCUCAGUGCGUGAAGGCAGCUCAUUAUGCUGCCAAUGUCAUCAUCAGACGAGCAGGUUGCACCUUCCCAGAGAAGCCCGACUUCAACUGAGGACUUCAGGGCAACUUUGUCUUCAGCCUGAAACCUCAUAGCCACCCUGCCUCAACACAACUCUGACCCAUAAUUACUAUUUUCUACAAGUACUACUUUCAAUUAGUGUAGCCCGAUCAGCAACCCGUCCAUUUUUUAAAAACCAUUCGUGCAUCAUUUCUCAUUUGUUGGGUACCUCCUGACGUGUGUGCCUGUCUCCAUGUCGUCCACUUGGGGCCGCUAGAGGAUCAUGCAGCCAAGAGCAAAUAGUUACGGGGGUCAGUCAGUUUAAAUAUAAAUGAUACCAUAAAGGAAUUAUGAGAACGCCACAGGAUGGAAUAAUUUUACUUUACUCAAAGGAUCUUAAUGGGAAAUCUUGUAUCAUGGGAAGAUUUUUUUUUUUUUUUUGGGUGGGGGAUUUCGAAAUGUUGGUUGUUUUUUGUUCUGUUUUUUUGGCUCUGACUGAGUCAGCAUCUGGCUGUACUGACGCUCAUCAGACUCUACUGCCAGCAUUCGUGUUGACAUCUCACAAGUCUGUUGUUUCUUCCCCUCUGAGACAGUAUCAAAGCACAGGAGGCUAAUUCUACGACAGGAGGACACAUAAACAAAGGUCUAAAGAAUAAAUAUUCUUGUCAAGGGAGGGGUUGGAUACUGCAUUGAGAGUGCAGUAAUGAUUUAUUUUAAACCUUAUUUUUAAUCUGUUCUGAUUGAGUUGUAUGUUUUAAUUUAACAGGCCAGUAUCAAAACUGUUUUUCCGUUAAGCGCACAUUUUCUGGCUGGAACGCCAGUCUUAUAACCAUGAAAGUCUGUUACCGAGUCACUAACUGAGUGAUGACGUUACAUUAUGGAGUGAUGAAGCCACACCAUUGGUCAGCCAUCAGUAGUGUAGCUUCAUCAGACGCCUCAGCUGGGUGUCACCACAUGUCAGCACUUCCUGUAUCUUUUUUCACAUUUUAGGCCUGAUAGCGGUACAGCCAUACACUGGGUUUUGAUCUAGUCUAGUUAAAUGUCUCGAGGCCUCUGCCCAUCAAGUCCUGUGAUCACCAUUAACUGUCAACUUCACCAUGUCGACAACAGUGUCUGACAUCCAACAGUUUGUUUGAGCUGUUUGAAGUAAUGAGUGCCUUUUUUCUUUCUCUGUAAAUGUUACAAGACUUGAUGAGCAGUGGCCUGCUGGCUUUAUGAACCUGUGUUUAUCUGUCCUGGGACACUUGCAGAGCUAGACUUCUGAUGGGUCAUUGUCACACAGCAUUUCCAAAAUGCAGGUACAGUAACUGAUAUUGAUGGAAAUGUGUGAUUAUAUUUUAAUGUUCUCUGUCAGAGCAUUACAGCGAGGAUUAUUGCUGACCUUUUCUCUGUUGUUUUGUUCGUACCUCAGCACCAAGACUGUCAGCUGUGCUAAAUCAGAUAUAAAUGGACCAUGUUGGUUUAUGUUACAUGAAUUUAUUUAAGCAAUUUCCCCAAAUCAGAUUUUGUGUUAAAUCGUGGUCUGCACGUCAAUACUUGAAUAAAACUGUCCUGAAUAUGGAAAUAUCCUUAAAAUGUCACAAUAAUGGGCAAUAAUUACAGUUUUCCUGAGUUUUACAAGAGCUGUUUUGAGACUUGCAAAUCUACCAUGAUGUGUAUUGUCCCUCCAUUAAAUGGCCUGUUUUUUUGUUUUGUUUUGUUUUUUAUGAUCUGAUACACCAAAAAGCCUUACAAGACCUUUUCUUCCUCAUCCCAGGAUCACUGAAGUUGCCCAUCUCUGUGCUAGACCGUGAUGUCAAACACUUACAAAUAAAACUUAAGAGGUU